UAUUGUCGGUUCCUGCAUAGUGUACAAAGUCUCACUUCUCUAAAUACCCCUUGUUCGCCGUCUCUUUACUUUUCCUCCUCUACCUACUCGCAAUUUUUUUUUUUAUACUUACAAUAAUUCUCACCUCAUGCCUUCACAACAUAACGCAACAACUGCUUCUCUCUUAGAGUUUGACUCAAGCAUACCAUACAACAUUUUUAUACGAAAUUUAAAAUUAUUACGGGCUGGUCAAGUCGUCGUUGACUUUAAUAUAAUACUCGAUAAGAAUAGAGUUAUAUUUUAUGGACCGCCUGAUAAAAAUAAGUCGAGGACGGUGAGGGGUAAAGUGAGGCUAGAAGUGGCUGGAAAGUUACAUGUUAAAGAAAUUAUGCUCACUCUUGCAGGAGAAUUCCAUAUAAUAAAUGAAAACUCUGAUUCGAUUUCUGAUGAAAAACCACUCCAAGGAACAUUAUUUUCAACUUGCAUUUUAUUGGCAAACAAACGUACUCUUGUCCCAGGGAUACACGAAUUCUUUUUCGAAUUUCUCCUCCCAGGAGAUUUACCAGAAUCUAUGAGUUCGGAUCUGGUCUUAUGUGAGUACUUUUUGAAGGCUGAACUUGUCUCUCGAGGUCCAGAUGAUUUGUCAGCAGCUCAAAAUAAGAUUGUAGACGUUGUAGACUUAUCCGUACAACGAACCUUAUUACAAACUGAUGAGCAUAUUAAACAAGGCCUUGGUGCAACCCGAUAUACCGGUUCAAGGGAUAAAAUUCUUGAUUAUGAAUUCUUGAUACCAAGGAUUAUGAAAUUAGAUUCUGAUACUUUUACAUUUCAUGCACGAUGGGAUGGUCUUCGCGUUGAUAAUGUAAAAUUUUGGUUUGUUCAAACUGAAAAUUUUAAAAAUUUACGAUCGAAAGAAGGAGAUGAAUCGCUUCCUGAUCGUAAAUCAAAAAUCAUUUCUGGACCUUUCUGUUUCGAUCUACCUAAAAAGGAACCUUUAAAAUUACAAAGUAGACCAAUGGUUUUCCAACUGCCAAUCACUCAACCUCUUGUUAGAGAUUAUGAAUUAAGUAAUGUUGAAAUUAGACACAAACUUGUUAUCUCUAUUCAAAUGGCAAAUAAAAAUAAGGAAUUGAUCUCAUUAAGUAUUCCUAUAACGAUCGAAUCAAUAGUAUCAGAUGUAGAUAUGAUACCACCACCUUGUCAUAUUAGUAAAAAUAAUCAAGCAGCACUUCUUCAUUUUGCCAAUAAAAUUUAUUCUGGAAAAUCAAUAGAGGACAACGAUCAACCAAAAUUAUCAUCAUCUUCGUCUUCUACUCCUUCUUCUUCUUUUAAACGAUUUAUUCGAACUGAAAGAAGAAGACAUACUGUCUUGAUUGAUCAAUCCAGUGAAUCAACAACGAAAGCUGAAUCUGUCGACCAACCUACUUUUCAAAUUUCACGAAGGUCUAGUAGUGUCGUACGAGGUCGCAGAUCUAGCAAUAAUAAUAAUGUGAACGUAAUCAAUACUCAGAAUUCAAUUAGCACAAUUAUUGAAAGUGCUAGUGAAUAUUCCGUUGAUGAAUCUAGCCAGGAUAACACAAUUGCCACCACCGUUACUUACACAAAUAAUACUGAACAUGAAAAGAACUCCAAUGGUUUCCCACAAAAAGGAACUCACAAAUCAUCUUUCUCUGGCAAUAUGAUCGCUGAAAAAUUCAACAAGUUUAGAAACCGGGGUAAUGCCAAAAAACGUAUUAGUAGAGCUUCAUCUUCCGCAUCCACUGCUAGAUUCGCCCCCGGAUUGAUUGAAGUUAUUAGCAUGCGUCCUGAUACUAACAUUGCUAACAUUAACAAUACUUCAUUAACGACUUAAUUUCAAUGAUGUAUCGCGCAAAAAAAAAAGAAAUCACAAACACACAAACAUACAACACAAACAAAAAAAAAAAUAUUUUUAAAAAUUAACCAAAAACUUACAAAAAAUCAUAGAGCACAUAAUCAAAAAAGUACAUUAUUAAUUCCCCUUUAUUGCAUAAAAAAUUUCAAAAAUUUCAACUUUUAAAAUUAAUUUCUGUAUAUACACAAAACAUUUCCUCUCACGUGCACAUAUAAUAUAUCAUUUUUUUUU